ACUGGUAUUCGUCAAUGUAGUAAAUGCCUCUUUAUAAGGGCCUGUUUAUCGAAGUCUUGGUCAUUGUAGUGAGUGUGCAUUCAUCUAUGAGCGAGCUCAACAGAAUUUCAAGCAAGCCGUUCUUACAAUUAGGAACUACUUGUUCUAAGGCAUAAGUGGUGUGGGAGUAUCUAAUCAUCUCUUUCAAGUUACUCUGCAUAGUGAAAUUUACGGGCAGCUGCGUUUAUUUGGAAGACAGCCAGUCUCGCUGCUUGUACAUUGACAGAUUAAAGAUGGAAACAAGGACAUCCUCAAGUGGAGCUGUAAGUGAAGUUCUUAAAGUAGACAAUUAUUUGGGUUGGAGUGUCCAAGUGAAAACCUACUUGAUUGCUCAAGAUCUUUGGGACAUUGUUGAAGCAACCGACGAAUGUCCUAAUCAAGAAGAUGAUGAAGCUGCUUUCAAGGCUUGGAGCAGGAAGAAUGCCAUGGCUUUACACGUGAUCCUAAUUUCAUGCCCGCAACGGAUAUGUCAUGUGAUUAGUUUGAUUGAUUCCGCCAAAAUUGCUUGGGAAACUUUGAAAGCAAUAUGCAACAUCCCCAAAAGUCGUUAUGUUGUUUCAGAGGAGAAGGAAGUAAGUUAUGUGCGUUGGAGCAAUCGGAUGAAAGAAGUUUUAAUGUAUCAUGAUCUUUGGAACAUUGUUGAAAUAACAACCGAACCAACUACACCUAAUUGGAGCAAGAAGAAUGCUAUGGCUUUAUAUUUGAUCAGGGAAUCCUGUGGGUCGGACAGAUUUUCUUUGAUAGAGAAGAUUAGUGAGGCUGAAGUUGCUUGGGCUACCCUUGACCCAGACUCAGAUUUAAAAGUGAUACAUCUUGAUGACGUGGACAAAUAUAACGAAUGGAGUCGUGAAGUGAAAGCAGAAUUAUUGGACCGUAGACAGCUCUGGGACAUUGUAGAAGGAACCGAUGAACUUCCCAACCUAGAAAAUGAUGCUGCUGCUUUUAAGGCUUGGUCCAAAAAGAAUGACCUGGCUCUAGAAGUGAUCGGGCGUGAGUGCCGUAAUGAGUUUGAUAACGCAAUUAACAAGAUUAGUUCGGCCAAAAUAGCUUGGGAUACUUUGGCAGCAAUAUGCACACUCCCCAAAACUGGUUUUGAAUUUCUUGCGGUUGACGGGAACAAUUAUCUGGAUUGGAGUCUACAAAUGAAAACCAUAUUGACAGAUCGACAGCUCUGGGACAUUGUGGAAGGAACCGAUGACCCUCCCGAAGCAGAAAAGAAUGACAUGGCUCUAGGACUGAUCCGGUAUUCAUGUUUUUGGCCCGGGUUAAGUGUCGAGCUUAAGACGAUUACUUCCGCCAAAAUUGUUUGGGAUGCUUUGGCAGCAAUAUGCGCAGUCCCCAAAAAUAUUGUCACAAAUGAAAAGUCGAUUGCAGCUGUUAUUGAACGUCUUGAGUCGAUUCCAGCUGUUAUUAAGCGUCUUGAUGACGUAGACAAUCAUGGGGAUUGGAGUCUUCAAGUGAAAACCUAUUUGACGGAUCAACAGCUCUGGGACAUUGUGGAAAGAACCAAUGAACCUCCCGAAGUAGAAAAUGAUGAAGCUUUAGUAGUGAUCGUGUUUUCAUGCGGAUACCGCUUACGUUUCGCGAUUUGGGGGAUUACUUCAGCCAAAGUUACUUGGGAUACUUUGCAAGAAAUAUGCAAAAUCCCCAAAAGUGAUUACAUAGUUUCUGAGGAAUAUGAUUAUGAGGCUUGGAGCGUCCGGAUGGAAGCUUAUUUGAGGCAAAAAGAUCUUUGGGACAUUGAUGAAGCAGCCACCGAACCCGAAGAUGCUGAAAUCGCCUUUAAUGAUAGGAGCAAGAAGAAUGCCAUAGCUUUAUAUUUGAUCUGGGAAUCGUCGGAUGCAUUUUUCAGCUUUAAGAAAAGUACAAGAACUGCCCAAAUUGCUUGGGAUACCUUGGCAGAAUUUGGCAAAUCAGGAGGGAAAAAGAACAGUGAACUCCGUAAGUAUGUAUCAUUUACGCAGAAUCUCCGUAAGGGUAAUUGGCCACCUGCUAGGCAGUUCAUUUCCUCCUGUCCGGAGGCAAAGAGUGCAAUAAUCGCAAAUACAGGAAGUACGGCUUUACACAUUGCUAUCCUUGCUGGACAUCUGCAUAUUGUGAAGGAGUUGGUGAACGUGUUGCCGACAGACAAAUUAAAAAUAAAAGAUAAAGAUGGUAAUACGGUUCUUGGUUAUUGUGCUCUUGUUGGAAACACCGAGAUGGCGAAAUGCAUAUUUCAAAAGUGUCCGAGCUUACUUGGCAUUGGGAAUGGACCAAGUGGACUCAUUCCAGUCGUGAUGGCUCUUACGCAUGACUCCAAUACAAAUGCUGUAGCUCAAUGUCUCUUUACUGCAACUGAUCCGACAUAUCUAAGUCCAGGAAAAAGCGUCAAUGGUGCUACGUUUUUUACUCGAUGCAUUUAUUCCAAAGCUUUUGAUAUGGCUUGCAAUGUGCUGGAAAAAUUCCCAAAUUCGGUGACUGCUUUAGAUAUUGAGAACGAGUCCCCUGUGCUAGCAUUAGCUAGCAUGUCUUUUGCAUGUACAAGUGGAAAUCAGCUCAUAUUUUGGAAACGAUGGAUUUAUAACCAAAUCGAUCAAAAAUAUCAGUUGAAGUCUCUUCACCACAAAUACAAAGAACUUUUACGUCGCAUGUGCGAAGUGUUAGCAGGUUUGAAUUUUCAACAACUAGAAAAAGGUAAGGUUAUUGAAGCCAUCAUCAUAGCUGUCAAGCAAGGGAGAGUUGAGUUUGUUACUGAAAUACUAGAGGCAUUUCCUGAACUUGCAUGGUCUGUUGAAGAAUCCACGAAACGAAACAUAUUUAUGCUUGCCGUUCUUUAUCGUCAGGAUGAAGUAUUUCGCUUUCUAUGCAAAUCUCCUGCAAAGAACUCAAUAUUGGCUAGAGUAGAUUCUGAUUCAAAUAGCAUAUUACAUAUUGCAGCGAUGCUAGAGCCUUCCGCUAGGCCUAAUAAAGCUCCAGGCGCAGCUUUGCUUAUGCAAAGAGAAGUACAAUGGUUUAAGGAGGUGGAGAGAGUUGUCCAUCCUUCCACAUUAGAACGUAGAAACAAAAAUGAUCAAACACCUAGACAAUUGUUUAUUGAGAGCCAUAAAGAAUUGAUGAAAGAAGGAGAAAAUUGGAUGAAGGGAGUAGCAAAUUCUUGUACAGUGGUAGGAGCUCUAAUUGUUACCAUUAUGUUUGCAGCAGCAAUUACCGUACCAGGUGGCAAUAAACAAGAAUUAGGCUUGCCAAUGUUCUUAAAUGUGAAGGUGUUUAUGCUCUUUAUAAUAUCUGAUGCGCUGUCUCUACUUUUUGCCUCAAUUUCAUUGUUGACGUUUCUCUGCGUCACAUCAUCAUCAAGUUAUAAAGAUGAAGAUUUCCAUCAAUCUUUACCCAAAAAGAUGAUGAUAGGCAUUUCCACCCUUAUCAUCUCCAUAGCAACCAUGAUGAUAACCUUUUGUGCUUCCCUUUCUAUUAUUCUAAAAGGAAAAUCAUCAGUGAUCAUUCCUGUCAUUUGCCUUGCUAGUGUUCCAGUCGCACUAUUUGCAUGGAUGCAAUUGCGCCUUCUCAUUGACAUGAUCAAGUUAACUUAUGGAUCAAGGAUCGUAGACAGGAAAGAAAAGAACUUUCCUCUGGUAUAGGGUGAUGCCAAAAAUGAUUAUUUUUACUUUGCUUUGAAGGAUAACUGAAGAACUUUCCUCUUGUGAUGCAUAUUGUGUGUAUUUUCCUUUUUAGACCUUUUUAUCAUAAAUCAAAUAAAUCAGAACUCCAUUAUGUAUUUUCUCUCUUUAUAUUAUCUAUAUUCGUUUUCUAAUUUAUUUAUUUAUUUUGACCAAGAAUAGUAUAUUUCCUAAUCCAGUAAGUCUCUUGAAUCA